AUGGAUCCCGCCGUUGAACAGGUUGCCGACGAAUUGAUCGUCGAAAGCGCGAUCUCUCCGUUGCUAGAUUUGAUCGAACGCAUUCCGUGGAUUAAGUGCCACAUGCCGUCGAUCGAGCAUCCGUUUGGCCUGGAAUUGUGGCCGAUCUUCUCGAAGGCGUUCGACAAGGUGGUCGGAUAUCCAGCCGAGGACUUCGACUUCGUCCACAACAAGACGUUCCUGGCCAAUGGCUACCAGGCUGUCGGGAUCAUCCUGGUGUACUACUUUGUGAUCUCUUCUGGCCAGGCGAUCCUGCGUGGCGUGAACGCGGCUCCGAUGAGGCUGAACUUUCUGUUCCAGCUGCACAACCUGCUGCUCACCACCGUUUCGCUGGUUCUGCUGCUGCUGCUGGUCGAGCAGUUGGUGCCCAUGAUCGCGCGCCACGGCCUGUUCUGGGCGAUCUGCUCCAAGGAAGCGUUUGCCCCCAAGCUGGUCACCCUCUACUACCUGAACUACCUGACCAAGUACCUGGAGCUGUUCGACACCGUGUUCCUGAUCCUCAAGCGCAAGAAGCUGCUGUUCCUGCACACCUACCACCACGGCGCGACCGCGCUGCUCUGCUACACCCAGCUCACCGGCAGGACCUCCGUCGAAUGGGUCCCCAUCGCGCUGAACCUCGGCGUCCACGUCGUCAUGUACUGGUACUACUUCCUGAGCUCGCGCGGCAUCCGCGUCUGGUGGAAGGAGUGGGUCACCAGGUUCCAGAUCAUCCAGUUCCUCAUCGACCUCGUCUUCGUCUACUUCGCCACCUACACCUUCUACGCCCACAAGUACUUCGACAGCAUCCUGCCCAACAAGGGCACCUGCUACGGCACCCAGGACGCCGCCGCCUACGGCUACUUGAUCCUCACUUCCUACCUGUUCCUCUUCAUCUCUUUCUACAUCCAGUCCUACAGAAAAGGCUCCAAGAAGACAGAGACCUCCCCCGCCAGCGCUGCCGUCGCGGGAGCCACCACUACGGGCUCCACGACCAACGCUACCAGGGCCAGCUCCCGGAAGGCAUAG